AUGUAAAAUCUUAAGUUAUUUGGUCUGAAAAAAAAUCACAAUACCACACAAAAUGGACUAGCCUUCUAUAUCCGAAACAAAACCCACAUGAUGGAUGUGAGCUCCUCAGUUCUCGGUUGCGUACUUCUUCUACAGAUGUCUGUGAUCCUGGUAAUGCUCAACCCAGCAUACGACUUACGAAAAAUCCGAUCUUUAUUCUUCACAUCUUCCAGAAUCUGUUCUCUGACAAUCAUCAGUUAUUUUACCCUAGUUGUGUAUCUCGGCAUGUACGUACCGUUAUUGAAUAUAUCAAAACUAAUAUCAAACGAGAUUACCUGCGACUACGAAAAGUUGACGAUAUUGAGUCGCAUCGAGAAAAACUACAUAAUCGCCGGAUUCUCCCUUUUCCUGUUUAUCGUCAUGUAUGGAGUUCGGGCUUUAGAUAUAUACGCCACACGAAUCGCUCAAAUGCUAGUGAAUGCAAAUAACACAGUGUUUUCACAACCCUUGUUGAGAGAGAGAAGAAGCCAAGGAAUGACACCGUUUUCACAGGAAAAUAUCUUGCCAAAGUUACUAAAAAUAAAAAGGUCAGUUUCAUAUGAGACAAUUUUAUUUGCAAAAGAGUUCCGCGCCCUGAAGGCGAUAUUAAAAAACACUAAAAAAGAUUCGAAGGACAAAACUGAACCGUAACUAUACAAUAUUGUGUUUUAAAUUCUGAAACUAUAGUAUAUAAAGAUUACGAAGAAUUUGAGAACUCUUUGGAAUUACAAGGAGCGAGGGCGACGGGAAAUAUUCGAAGACACAAGGCUAUAAAAAUAAAAUGCUACAUUGCAAAGGGAGAAACGUCAAGUUGGAAUGUAGGGAGUGGAAGGAGGAUGGGAAAUCGAGUUACAUAAGUGUAUUCCACUAGAAUAUAGGCGAUAGGGCAAAAUGUGUGAGAGAACUUCUGGCAGUUACAUAAAUUAUAGCCCUUCUUUAUACUUGUAUCUUUAACUUUUACGAUUCAAAAUAAUGCACAUACAAAUUAUUAAUAACCA